AUGGCUCAGCGUCUGAUCCUAAGCAGGUCCUUGGCUUUGGUCAUGGCAAAGAAGCUGCCUAUGUGCCGUUGGGUUUCCCCUCGCUCUGGGGUCCCGCAGGCUACCCGCAACAUCCCUGGCACUCCAGCACUAAACCUGACCAAGCCCUUGUAUACUACCCGCAUUCAUAAGAUUACAUUUGAAAUCCAGGAUGGGCCGGAUUUUCAGGACAGGGUUCUCAACAGCAACACUCCGGUGGUGGUGGAUUUCCAUGCCCAGUGGUGCGGCCCCUGCAAGAUCCUGGGACCUCGGCUGGAGAAGAUGGUAGCCAGACAGAAGGGCAAGGUAGUGAUGGCUAAGGUCGACAUUGAUGACAACACCGACCUCGCCAUUGCCUUUGAGGUGUCUGUAGUACCGACUGUUUUGGCCAUCAAGAACGGGGAUGUGGUAGACAAGUUUGAAGGGAUCAAGGAUGAAGAUCAGCUUGAAUGCUUCCUGAAGAAGCUGAUCUGCUGCUAA